AUGAAAGGACUACGGAAGCGUGCCCACUCUAAUUUGAGCUUUGAACAGUAUACGCACAGCAUAAAGGGAUUCUCCAAGAGAAUCAAACGGGAUUGUGAUGAGGAGCCCUUGACACUACUUUCCAAUUCGUAUAUUAAACCAUUUUCCGAAUUCCUUGAUGCUCCAGUUACCAAAGUAAUUGUAGAUCCUUUAAUUAAGAAUAUUUACCGAUUUGUUGAUAAGAAAACAUACUUGGACUGGGGCCUCACAAGCGACUGGCGUGUCUCAGGACCACGAAACAGAGUCUCUGUUCAACACUAUACGAAAUCUUCUUACCCGAGUUUAAAUAUUUCAGAAGCUGCUUCAAGUUCACAAUCAGUAUCAAGUACUGAGAUAGACAACUCAGCUUCUGAGGGUUAUGGGGAAAUGACUGAGGGAUCCAUAGAACGUUUAUUUUGUUACCUUGCUCGUAUUGAUCGAAAGGAUUCACCUGCAUCAUUUGCAGUAUCAACACCCCAAAAAAAUGUAGGAAGAAGUGUAGCCAAGCCAUCUUCGGAGUCUCCUUCUCCCGAAUCCCAAGUGAAUACGUUUAUUGAUAUUGGUAGUGGUUACGGAAAAGUAGUUUUUCAUGCAAAAUUGGGAGGAAGAUAUUCGCAUUCAGUUGGGAUCGAAUAUGUUGAAUCGAGAGCUUCUUUAGCUGCAAGUAUACGAGAUGAACUUCUUUUGGAAAGGAAUAAUCUACUUAACUCAAGUGCCCGUGAGUUGCUCCGGAGCUGUGUUUUGGUUCAUGCAGAUGCAACAAAAUGGAAAUGUUUCAAUUAUUCUCAUAUUUAUAUGUAUGAUCGUGUGUUCAAUGAAAGUACACUGAGUGCGCUUGCAGGAAGAUUGAAUAGUAGCUCUUUUAAAUUUUUAGUGACUUAUCGCCGCUUUGAGGAAUGGUGUCGCCUGGGACUAAAGAACAUAAAACUACUGAAUUCAAUUACUAUGAGAACUACAGGAGGUCAGAACUUUAAGGCAUAUAUUCUCUGCCAGGAACUUCCUGAAUAA